UCUUUUAUCACCUGAUAACAGGUGUUGAGCCAAAAUUUUCGAAAUAGUUUACUAGUUGAAGUAACAGCUGAUCAGGAAAGCUGUGAACACAUGGACGACUACUGAAGAUGCUACAGAAAGUUCUUGCUGUUGUCUUUUUGAUAGCAGCAUGGAACAAACAUAUGAUCAGCCAGUCUGUAUACAUUAAGGAUGUCAUUACGCAUGCUUCAAAGAAAAACUCUUCAAGCCCAAAAUGCCCUCAGUUCUGUGUUUGUGAGCAUUCUAAACAAGAGGCAUCCUGCAACUCUUAUUAUGAGGGAUUCUCUAUCCAGUCCAUCCCCCAAACUUUCACUGUUAGACAUCUGAACAUAUUUGGGGGUUUGAAAUCAUUCCCUCUUGAAGUCCAGUCCUUAAAAGGACUUCAAAUACUUGAUCUCAGCAGAAAUGCAUUAACCACAAUAGACAUGCUUCAUGUAGGAAACCCAGGACUACUUGAAGAAUUAGAUCUCAGUUCGAAUGAUAUUGUGAAAAUUUCCUCAGGUGCUUUUAGUGAGUUUAAGAACUUGAAGAUUCUUUCACUUAGUGAAAACAAAUUACAGACUUUUCCAAAAGAUGCUUUUAAAGGAUUAGCUAAUUUGAAAACACUUCAUUUAAGAUUCAACAAGAUUUAUUCUUUUCCUCUGGGUCUAUUUAAUCCACUGUAUUUUCUAGAAGAGUUAGAUCUGAGAAACAAUAAUAUACACUGGAUUGCAGAGGGCACCUUUCAGAACUUGACUAAUUUGAAAACCCUUCAAUUAAGUGAGAAUGCUUUAACAAGUCUAUCAGGGAAGGUUGUAUCAGAAAUAAACAAUUACACAGUAAUUGGAUUGCAUGGAAACCCAUGGGACUGCUCUUGUGAAUUGGAGAACUUCCUAGAAUUCCUGACACAGCAAAAACUAAGAGUUUCCAAUCCAGACUUGCUAGACUGCUACUCUCCUUUCAGAAUGCGGGGAACAAAAUUACAAGAUUUGACGCAGAAUGAUUUAAAGUGUGAUAUUCCUCACAUUGAUAAAGUAACUAACUCUCUGGAAGUUCCUGUCAGUUCCAGUGGAUCCAUUCAUUGCAGAGCAUCACCUGAAAUCUAUGCUAUUGGAUACUGGAUAACACCUCAGGGAGUAAAAAUAAGCCAUAAGUAUAACCAAGAAAUGCUGGAACAAAUAAACAUAACAACUCUGUCACAUUUGAAAUACAAGCAUAGUAUAGAAGAUUUUUCAGAACUGUUCAUAACAGAGAACAAUACUUUGACAUUUACCAACUUUCGAGGGGUUUUCAAUGGGACUUUUACCUGUGUGCUGAUUAACAGUCAUGGAAAUGAUACAGCAAACCUAACCUUAACUGCUGUUACAAAACUUUUUACCAUUGAAUGGGUUGGCAUGGUAUAUGGAGGUGUGAGUGCUCUAACUGCUUUGGUGUUUGGUUUGCUUGUUGGAAUGAUUAAACUUUGUGCAAUACAUUUUUGUAAAUGCUCUUGUGUUCUUGUUGAACAAAGAGAAAAACCCAAGGUCGCCAUGGAUUACACUUUUGAAGUUUAUACGGAUGAUCAGAAUUCAUCGAGCAGGAGUCUGGAUGACCAAGAUUCCUACGAUGAUUCUUACCAAAAUGAGGAAUCCCUUCUUAAAGUCCCUGUAAAUUCUCCAGUUGCUAGGACACCUAGGUCAUCUCCAAAGAAAUGUGCAACACCUACUCCAGAAGAGUACCUUGAGAAAGGUCGAAGCAACACCAGCUAUACCUUAAAUGAAGUGAAAAUAACUUUGGAAAAGAAGAUGGAGAAAGUCCGCAAUCGAGUGCAUUCCAUAAGAGAAUCUGGUUCCCAGUACUUGACAACCAUCAAAGACUCAGGAAGCAUUGCAGCCAACCGUGUCAGGGCUGGGGUUGCCAUGGGAGUGGAGCAGGUGAAGUUUGGAGUGAUGUCCAUGAAGGAGUUUUGUGGGACAGGAGAGAUGGCUCAGACCAUCUCUGUGGUGUCAGUUAACACGGAUGUUGACAGUGAAGAAAGAUCCACAAAGGUCACUAAAAUGACAACUCUGUAGUGGUAUUUGUAUGUGCUUGUUGUGUCUUGGCUAAUUGACAUAAUUUUUUUGGAAUAUGUUAUAUUUUUGUUGUUCUGCAGUGAGCAAGUAAUUAUUUUUUAGUAUAUUACAAAGCAGACAUGUCAUUAACAUACUUUACUUUUUCUGAAGAAUUUGUGUUUUUGGGGUUUUUUUUUGACAAAACAUUACAAACACUUACAAUAUUAAAUGAGUAGAAAUACCUUCAUGUAUUUUUAUGGUUUAUGUGCCAUGCAUAUGUCACUGAAAGCACAUGUUAACAUGGUUAGUGACACCUGAUACUUUUAGAUUUAUGUUAUGGUUAAAUGAUUGCAACUAUACAAGUAGCACUUGACAAAGGAACAAAAAGUGGUCCAUUGUCUGUACAUGAUGAUAAACGCAAACUAAGGUGCUAAAUAGUUUUUAGGGGUUAGGAACUCCGAAGUCAAACACUUGUUAAUUUCUUGCAAUUUAACUGAAUGUUUCCUUUUAUUUCUUUAAUAAAGCUAGGAUUAAUUAAAAAAAUGUACAUGUAUUUAAAAUGUUUUUGGAGCUACAAAGCAAGUCUUGCAGAUGAUACUCCAAUAAGAUUAGCCAGAUUUACAUCUGUUAAUUUUGGCUUUUUUCAAGGUGGCCAACUGGGGAUUUUCAUCAUGCAAUAUUUUGCACAGUAUUGCAAAAUACAGCAAAUAUAUGUUUUAAAAGAAAUUAUUUUAAUAUCAUUUAUCAAAUGUAAUAAAAUUAAGAUAUAACAGAUUAAAGAAUAAUUUUUUUCAUAAAGAAGUUUUUAAAGAUUUUUUUUUUAUCGAUAGUAUGACAUUAUAUUACGUCUUUACAAGGAGGUUAUAAUUCAUUUUUAUAAAAGAAAAAGUAUAUGCAUAUAGACCUUUGAAAUUUUAGUCAUAAAACAUGUGGAAAUAUUUUUUUUGUAAUUUUCUGUAUGAAUCCAUAAUACAUAUCUUAUUAGUUUAAAAAAACAA